AUUAUGGUAUUUUUGACUGCAGGCUAAAAACUAAGUUAAUAAUAAUAUUUGGCUAUAUUUCAACAAAUAUGUACCAAAUGCUAGUUAGGUAUUCAAGAGGGUUGGCUUUUAGAAGGUAGCGUCUGCUUUUUUUUUUUUAUGAGGAAUUUCGAUAGGUGCUAACAAAGGAUUAUUGAUAUUGUGAAUGAGAACAGCGUGUGUGCCGUGUGUGCCGCUGUGUAUUGGGAGUUUAAUUGAUAUUUUCGACUCUUUUCAUCCUAAUAAAAGAGAUUUUUGACAAAGAAAAAUUUUGUGAUCACUGAUUAUUAAACUUCGGGAUAAAGGAUGUAAACUGGAACUCAGUAACAGUUUCAAAAAUCAAAAAAUGUCAAAUGGAAUAAUAAAACUUUUAAAAGUUGAAAAUGAAAAAGACAAGUUGAAAGUUUGAGUUAAACAAUCCAGUGAUUAAAAUCUUUAAAUUUUUUAGUGUUUUCUUACUAUUUUUUGACAUUUCUGAAAAAGAAAAAAAAGAAAGAAAAAAAGGCUAGAAUGCAUUUAGAAGUGGCGGAAAGUUAUCCUGCGGUGGUUUAUGAUGACGGAGAAAAGUCGCCGACAUACGCCAACCUUGCCAACCUGAAGGUUCUGAACUUUACGAGCGGGGCAGAGCUACCAAGUAGUUUAAACAGUCCAGAGGAGCUAUACAAGGAGAUACACAACAUGUCAGGGUUUCCUGAGCCUCCCCCCUACCCAGGACCACCGAAACAGAUAACCGGACAAACAGGUCUCCAUCAGAGUUUCUCUGGAAGCGAGACAAGCACAGAUGUAUCCGUGUCCUCAACGGAAAACUUGCCUACGUGCCAUCGACAAGAACCUCAAGGGGAGGAAACACAACUACCACAGACUUGUAUCUCAUACGAUACUUGCGGAAGCAGUGAAUACAGUAUUCUGGCUAGGCUUGGUAUGCCUACGUCCGGCAUGGAAAUAAAUCCAAUAAACACUCCACAAAUAUACGUGACAGGAAACCCCUCUACUGUACACGGACCUCAUUUCGCGACUAGUCCCGCACAAAGAUGUGGCAGUCAGACGCAGAAUCUCUAUAUGUCUAGUGAAAGUGGAUUCUCAAGUGCAUCUACGUCAAGCUCAAAAUUAACACUUGGGGAUAAUUCAAAUCUAAAUAACUCGUUUACUUCGGGAUAUUCAUGUGACACAUCGCCAAAUGUUCCGUCAAGACAAUCAAUUUCAAAUUUUUCGUCGCCAACAAGUGUUUCAUCCUAUAGUAGUAGUACCCUUUAUGCAAACUUUCCAUGCAGUGUUAAUACUGGCGUAAUAGACCAUUAUCAGUUACAGCAAUUACCGCAGUUUGCAAUGUCGCCACAGCCAGGACAAUAUUUAACUUCAUUACCACCACCACCGGAAUAUCCAGGCGCGUACGAUCCAAGGGAAGCCACUCGUCGAUCGUACGAAAUUAUUGGAAAACAUGAAAUUCCUGGGUCAAGGUCACAGCCAGAGUUGAGCCAUUUUGUAGCCACACAAAACAAGCACUUGGGAAUCGUGCACACGCCGGCUGGCUCCGGAUCAGAUAGAGGUUCGCAGCAGUCUUUAGAAGGGUGUGUAGAUCAGCCACGGUUCUCAUCUGACAUUGAUCAUAUAGCUGCUCAAGCUACGCGUAUGGUAGAUUUCCUUACCGAAGAAAACAAGGCCCUUCGUCUUAAACUGUCAAUGUAUGAUCACAAGGUCACAAAGUUACAAAAGUUCGAACUGGAGAUUCAGAGAGUUCACGAGGGAUAUGAAGCUCUCGUCAAAUCUAAUAAGAAACGCGAACAACUCGAAGUUGCCAUGAAGAAACGUCUUGAGGAAGACCUUAAGAAAGUCAAGGCCAUGAAUUCUGGUUUGAUCCAGCAGUUACAGAACGCUGGUAUCUCAGUACCGGAAAAUGUCAUUCUGGCAUCAGUUGAGCCGACUGACAGCAGUAUGGCACACCUUCUGGCUAAACAUAAAGAGUUGCUGAGCGUGAAAGAGCGACAAGAUAUGGAGAUCGAGGCGCAGCGAUCCACGAUACAGGAGCAGCGUGCUCAGAUUGAGAUUCUCCGCAGUGUACAAGCUAACCAACUUCGUAUGGAUGAGGAGGCUCAUCGGCAACAAAUCAUAGCUGAAUAUGACGAACAGAUCCAAAAAGAACUUUCUUCUAUAAAAGCCGCGUAUGAGAAGAAAGAACUAACGGAAAGAAGCAUUCGCCAAAAGUUGGAAAAAGAUAUGGAGCACUGUCGGCAAAAUCAUGGACAAUUAAUCGUAAAAGGAAGAAAAGCCGAUCCAAAACGUGAUCUAAAUGCCGAUAUUAAAAAAAUGCUUGAUGAAAAAGAAGCAAAAAUCCUUCAGCUUGAGAAAGAAUUAAUACAGUGGAAGGAACAACAACUUGAAGAAAGCAUUCGUAAAAUCAAACUUCAAGAGGUAGAAACAGAAGCGAUGCCACGCCUUCCAGCAUACGAACAAACUAGUACAAACUUGAACAAUACCGAAACUCUUAUACAUGAAGCUAAAACGGAAAAGUUAAAACAAAUGGAAGAAAUAUAUCAAGCCAAUAGAAAAGUUGCAGAACUUGAAGCAAAUGUAAAGUCAUUACAGUCGCAGUUGAGUGAGAAGGAAGCAAUGUUGCGUGUCUAUCAACGCUCACCUAUGACACGAAGUAGCAGUGUUCACACGAUAUACUGUACACCUAAACAUUCGCCGCGGCCUUCCCUCGUCGCAACAGGCUCAUUGAGUAGACAACAUAGUCAGGAUGUUUCGGCGUUCUUAGACGUAAAACAUAAAAAGACUGGAAGUACGAGCGCACUUGAAUCAUAUAGUAAAAUGUCACAAGAUGAGCUAUUCGAAAAAAUUCAAGGCCUCCAGACUACGUCAAAGAGCAAUUCUGAUUCAGAAGAAAGUUCGGAUAUCUGGCAAGUCUGAAGUGUUCUAAAGAGCCACGGGGCACCCUGUUGCCUAGCAACAAACUUGUUGUGUUCGAAGAACUACAUGCAAGGAUCAUGUUCAGAGUGAGGUUUUCGUGACACUGGAAUGUUUUUGUGUUUGAUAAAAGGCCAAAUUUGAAUGGAUGUCAAUUCCAUUCUUUGGAUAAGGUAGAAACAUUUGAGGAAUAUUCAAUGGAGGAAGUAUUGCCUCUGACUCAAGGGAAGUAACAAGUGUUCAAACUAGUGUGAAUGACAAUGGAAAAAGUUACUUCCCUUCAAGAGGAGCUUGAAUGCUAGCAUGAAUUACCUCCCUUGUGUGGAAUUUGUUAAAGAAACUUGCCUAGCAACAGAAACAGUUGCAUAGCAACCAGGAUUACCAGAUAUUCUGUGAUAUUCACAUGUCCUUGUGACAUUAAAAGUGCCAGUAUGUAUAUUGUCAUGAUUUGACUGGGAAAAAUAUAUGUUAAUAUAUGUAUGUAUUUUUAAAGUGAAAAAUGUGGCAUUACUUAAGAAAAAAGGUUUUCAGCAAUAUACUUAUAAUAAUAGAGACAGAUUAUUGAAAUAUUUUGUAUUUAAGAACUGUGUACAUAUGCCCAAUGUCUUUCAUAUAUUACAAUUGUCUUUAAAAAUCAGCUGUACCACUAGAUCUGAGCCUCCUUUUUGUGCCUUUAACUUGAUAUUCAAGUUUCUGUUAACUUGAUAUUUAAAUAUAUUUUUCUCAACUUGAUAUUCAAGUUGAGUGUUCAUCUCUCAUAUAUAACUAUACUAUGUUCAAGCAUCACCACACUUGUUAAUGUACACUGUGAGACAGGUCUGCUACUUCAUAAAAUAUAAAAUUGUCAACAAAGGUAACUAUGGUAACAAAUUGUAACUAUGGUAACUUAAGUAUCACUGCAUUCUAUAAGUACUGUAACAGAAUAUCAAUGCAUUUCGUAACUAUGGUAACAGUUUAUAGAUAAAGGAGAUACAGCUGUAUCCCUGCAUUCUGUAACUGUUGUAACAAGGUAUUACUACAUAUUGUAACUGUGGUAACAGUAUAUGAAUGGAGAUAAUGAAUAGUACCAUCAAGUUGGCAGAAUGCAAGAUUAGAUUAAUAUAUACACAGAUCACUGAAAUAUUUAGACAAUACUUUGGUACAUAUAAUCAUUUUAGUUCACCACCCAUGUCUUUCAAACAUGAGAGAGAGAGGAGGAAUGAAAAAAUUGAUAAGUGAUUUAAGCAUAUUUUCUUUUUUCAUGAAUAGCUUUUUCUGUUUACAAACGUGUUAGAAAAAGACUUUUCUUUCGUAGCAUUUAUAAAGUUGGUUUUCAAGGGGGGAAGGGGGGAAUCUAUAUGAUUUUUUUUGCACAUUAAAUUCCGACAGUGAGAAUUAUUUUUUACUUGCUAUUCUCAGCCGUGCACAGAUUGUUUGACAUUUUCAGGAACAGUUUUUCUUGCAAUGAACUUGACAGGUACCUAUGUGGUACUCGAAUAAUGCACAUUGCACUUUUUGUAAACACCUACAAGAAAAUGUUUGAACGAAGUCGGUUUACACAACCGAUGAGGAAAUUGUCUUGCUGCACUCUUGUUAACGUUUUUGACGAUAAAUGAGUUAAAUCAAUCAGAUUUGAACAGCACUUUUUAUCACUUGUUUGGUGGAAGAAUUUUUUCCCCUUAUUUUCGUUUAAAAUGCGUUUUUAAUUGACUGCAUAAAAGUUGUGCAGUACUUUUUGCGGAACAGUAUAGAUCAUAGAAACUUCUCACAUUAAUAAUGGAAUGUUAAUGGUUUACGCAGGGGCUUUUCGUAUGAUUGAAAUUGUUACCACGUCACUGUGAAGGCAUUUUAGUAUUCGUCUUGCAACAUAAUUGUUUUCUCAUGGCUUGUAAGAAAUUUCUUUGACAUGAAUCACUGGAACUUUAAGCAGAGGCUGACAAAAUUAGAUUUCUUAUUAAUAUAUUCAGACAGAGGUGUGUUGGUUUCACAGUUUGGGAUGAUUUUCUCUUUAACAUAUUAAAUCAGUUUUGAAAGACUUUUUUAUUUGGUAUCAAAUUUAUUGAUUGGUAAAUUACUUAUCUAUCCGUAUUGUGAAGCAUUAUUAAAGUACAGAGAUUCAGAAAUCUAGAUUUUAGAGUGUAAAACUGAAUUUGGAGACCAGUCUGAAAUUCCAAGCAUCUGAUUGGUUGAUUCAAAGCUCAAACUUCAAAUUGACCAAUGACUGUGUAGACUUUAGAGACUGGUUCCAAAAUUCAAUUUUAUAACUAUUUUGUGUGAGAGAGUUUUCACCAUCUGUUUCGACAUUUAUUGUCAAAAAAAGUGUGCAAUAACUAAUGAUAUUUUGUAUUUAUAUUCAAUGCAAAAUACUUGUCUGUGUAUUAUCAUUUCGUGUAGACUGAUACAGGUGCUGAUAUGAACUCAUUGUUGUUUGUUAAUUCAGUUGUGGUCUGCAUGAGUUGGGUCUAAUGGGUUUUUUUUUUUUUCAAGGACUAGGCUAGAGAAAUUUUGGGUAAUAAUUGUCCAGUUUGAAUUUAUCUUUCAAAAGUUAAUUUUGAUUAUAACAUUUGUCUGGAUGUUUACAAACAACAUUAUUCAAAGUUGUUUUUUUACAUACAGAAUGCAACUUUAAUGCUUGCUGUAAAUUAUUAAAUAUUUAAUCUAAGUAAAAUGUUUUUGAUAUUUAUUUUAAAUCACAGUUUUUGUGCUAAUAUUUAAUUGUAAAUUUUGAAACUUUUUCAUUUAAAUGUGACAUUGUUUUAUUUAUUUCCUACCAAUUUUUUUUUUGCCUGAUAUUAAUAGUUUGAAAUAUACAUUUCUAAGAUUGCAUGUUAUGUUCCUGAUGGAAGAAUGUAUGGGAUGUUUUAUUUACAUAGUAAAUGUAACAUUGUUCUGUAAGCUUGUAUGACCAUUGUUGAAUUUGUAGACAAAUUGAAAACACAUGGUUGUUAUAUUUUAUGAACAAAUAAAGUUAUUUAUUUGACUAA